UGGGUAAACUACACACCCGGAAGUAUGUAUGUAAAGUGUCAAAUCUAGAUAUUUUGAGUUUAAUGAAAGUAAUUGCAUGUUGAAGUCAUGUCAUCUAAUUGAUUUAUUAUAGCAGCAUAGAAAAAAGACAUAUAUAAUCAUGGACAAGAUUUCCACAAUGGCAUCAAAUCUAAAAAAUAAGGUUUCAGAUAAAACCUCAGACACACAGGUGGCACAAAGCUUGUCAGAGGCCAGUAUGAGUUCGCCGGCAGCGGGUGGGCGCCAAAACAAGUGCGGAUGGCUGAGGAAACAGGGUGGCAUGGUGAAGUCAUGGCACAGGCGCUGGUUUGUUUUGAAUGCUGAUUAUCUGUUCUACUUUGCCAAGGAAGAUGAUGUCCGACCCCUGGGUAUGAUACAUCUCCCUGGCAACAAGAUAAUACAGCACCAGGCUAAUCCAGAGGAGCCCGAUAAAUUCUUGUUUGAACUUAUGCCAGGUUCGCAAUUAUGGAGACAAGAAGAGGAUACAGAGACAUAUUUUCUAGCAUCCAAACUGGUAGACUUAUCAUUAUUUAACAUGAAACUAAGUAGGAACCCUCAAAAGAUGGCACCCAAUCACGAAUCAUUUCUGUUGUCUGCUGCAACUGAUGCUGAGAGACAGGAUUGGAUCAAGGCGAUAAGAAAAGUCAUGUUUGCUUCUAUAGGGGGUGCAAUUUUUGGAACUGCCCUAGAAGAGACAAUGGAGUUUGAAAAGAAGAGAAGUAAAAGAAAAGUGCCCCUGAUUAUAGAAUCGUGUAUAGAGUUUCUUACAGAACAUGGCCUGGAAGUAGAGGGAAUAUUUAGAUUACCAGGAAGAAUGCUGCUAGUACGAGAUUUGAAGGACAGAUUUGAUGAGGGGGAAAUUGUGACUCUAGAUAUAGAAAAUAUUGAUGUACAUUCUGUUGCAUCAUUGUUAAAACAGUAUUUUCGAGAACUCCCAGAAUGCCUUAUUCCAUAUAAAUUUUAUCAAGAGUUUAUGAAUAUAGCGAUGAAGUUUCAGGGGACAAAAUGUGACAAUAAUAGAAUGGAACAAGUUCAGAGUCUACGAGCGGGCAUGGCAGAUCUUCCCCAGGACAAUUAUAAUGCCCUGAAAUAUUUGUGCAAUUUCUUGCGUAAAGUUGCAAAUAAAACAGAAAUAAACAAAAUGACUCCUCAAAAUUUAGCACGAGUUUUUGGUCCAAACAUCAUAAGACACCCACAAAUGGAGGACAAUCCAGAAAUGUUCAUGUUGACAACGUCAGAUAUAUCAGAACAGCUUGCUUACAUGAUGAUCAAUUUUGAUACGAAAAUAUUCACGAUUGAAUUUGAUGAGGGACGAAAAUCUGCUCAAGUUGCUGUAGAUGAUUUAUUAAGAAUUGACAGUGUAUCAUCUGAAAGUGACCUUUUACAACCUCUCACACAUAAUGGUAGUUCAGCUGUUAAUGAUCUUAGUGACAUCACAUUUGAUCAUCCUAGAGACAGGAGAGCAAGAUCAUUUAAACCUGACUUACUUGUAGAAACAGAUAAAGCUAACAAGUACCAUUUAAAUUCAGAUUUAGGGGGAGUUAUGUCACCACAAUCAGCUGAAUUUUCACCAACUACUCCAAUGUCAACAGUGUUUCAAUCUCCAUUAUCAUUUGAUAAUAAUGGGAAACCUAUUCCUCCGUUACGAAGAAAGUACACAAGAAAACAUAAGGAAGUUAGUGCUCAAAAAAGUAAUGAAUCAAUUUCAUCAGAAUGCAGCUCGGAAAAUUCUCUAGAUAGUGCAGGGGAGAGUAAUCUUCAGUCAAAUACAGUUACCUCCCUUUCAAACCAUCAGUCAACAAUAGUGACCUUCCCUACUAGUGAACGUAAUACAGCCGUGUUGGAACUUGAAAGUAAGCUUGAAACUAUGACAGCUGAAUAUAAUACGCUGAAAAUGAAAUAUGACAAUCUAAAUGCAUCAAAGUCUAAAGCUGAUGAACGUGUAAAAAAUUUAAGCGCUGAAAAUACCAAAAUACAGUCUCGGUAUGAAGACCAUAUUAAAAAUCUGGAAGCUAAACACAAAUCACACAUAGAGGAUUUAGCCAAGAAACUAGAAAAUGAAAAGGCAAGUACAAAUGAAGCUGUACAGAAAAUUGUUGAUUUACAGAAAUCAAUUCAUAAUUACCAGAUGCAAUAUGGAGACUUGAAAAAUAAGUUGCCACCAUUGUAUCAGAACUGAGACUUGAGUGAUCAAGUGUUUAACAAAACAUCAAAUCAAAAAAUAGUUAACAGUUAUAUGUAUGUAUAUAUAAAGAAACCAUUAUUAAUGUAAAAAAUCAUGGCAACUCAUUCUACUAUCUUAAAUACAUCUUCAUAAGAAAAAAAUAUAUAUACCAGGUAAUUAAAAUAUUUUCUCUUAAGUUUGUCUGGUAGGUCGAAAUAUUGGUCUAACUAAAUAAUAUUGAAGGUGGUUUGGCAUUAAAAUCCAAAACUAAAAUAAAGUAGUAUUAGGAAAUACACCCUAUAACUGUUUGUAAACUGUGAAGUGUGGCCAGAUAUCACAUUAGAGCAUAAAACACCACACAAAUGCCCAGUUUGUGUAUAAUUUUUCAUGGGCUUUGAGCAAAACAGUUAUAACUCAUACAACGCAAAGACAUUACAAAUUUCUCUCCAAGUCCCUGAUGUAUCUGUAGAAAAAGAAACUUAUUGUUACAUAUUUGCUUAAGUUUACAAGUGGGCCCUUAGUAGUAUAGAUAGAGUUUUAUACUGUGGGAAUAAUUAUUAUUUUUGAGGAUUGCACAUUUGUCGUUUUAUUUUAAGUUGUACAUAACAUAAUAUUUUUUAUAAAUCCCGUCAGAUAUUGUCUGAUGGUAUUUUGGGGAAAUUUUGUUUUGUUAUUCUUGUAUAAGAAUUAGGAAGAUACUGUGUUGACAAACAUAAUGCAUGUUUUUAUUCAGGUUUGUGAUAUAUUAAUGAUUAUCAGAGUUUCUGAGUUCUAUUGUUUUGUAUAAAGUGUUCAAAUAUGUCUACAUUAUUAUUUGUACAGAAUUAUUGGUGCUUGUAACUUACUUAAUUUAUUGGUUGAAUAUGAGUUGAACUCUGUACAGUCAAAUAGAUGUUAGAGGACAUAUGUUUUCUUUAUACUGAAGAGUGAAAGCCUUUAUUUAUGAGCCACUUUUCGUCAUGCUAGGUUUGCCAUGCUGGACAGCAAAAUGUUGGUCUUAUUAUUCAUGAAUGGCAAAGGUGGUCUAACAUUAAAUACUUUAAUGUUUAAGAAAUAAUUGUUUAGAUAUAAUGUAAGAUUACAUGUGUAUGUUAUGAGUGGUAUGGAGUUGUGUAGGAUGUGGUACAUUAUGUCAUGUGUUAAUUAAUUAUUCAUGAAUUUACCUUUGUUGACCAAUCAAAAUACAGCUUACUGAACAAAACUUUGUAUACUGCAUAAUAUCUGCAUAAUAUGACCAACCAUUUUAUUUAAAUUCUCUGAUUGUCAAUAUUAUUUAAAGUCAUGGUUAGAUAGUUUGCUCAUCUUUACAGAAUGCAUGGAUUAGUAAGCAUUUCAUAGCAGAUACUAUGAAAUUAUACACUAAAUAAACUUGACUGACAAAACUGUUAGGGUAAGGGAACGAGUAUUCAGAGUGUUAAAAUAACACUCUUAUAUGUUUUUACAGUGAAGUGUACACUGAUGUGAGUGAUAUUUUUUGAAGACAAGAAAAUAUGACAUAUAGAUAUUUCAGAUUUAGUUUACACUGAAAGACAUUUCUAACAUAUUAGCAUCACAAAGUGCUCAUAGGUGAGCAUUGAUGAUUGUUUUAUCAUGUAGCACCCACCUCAUUGUCCCCUACAAAAGUUAUAUAAACCAUGCCUCUAGGGUCAAAACUGGCCCUGACAUGGAGGUUAAUUUGUUAAAAUAGACUUGUGUUAUAAAAAAUAUCUAAAAAAUAUCUCUUUAGAAAAUCCAAUGCCAUAUUCAUAGAUAUUUGGCUUGCAGCACCACAUUGUGGUCCUCUGCAAAAAUUAUAUAAAUCAUGGGCCUUGCCCCACACUUUGGGUCACUUAGUAUAUAAUUCUUUUAAAGGAAAAAAGAUUAAAGUCUUUUUGUUUAAAACUACACUGCUUAGAUAUAGGUAUGUAAUAUUCCCUAGUUUCAUAGAGGAUAGAUUUGAAAAUGAUAUCUCAAACCAUAAUUAUGAAAAUCAAUUUCCAAAUGUGUCUCGUUUGAAAUGUCUUUCAGCGUAUUGUAUAACAAUUACUCAGUAAACAGGGUAAUGUCUUUUAAUUGACCUUGACUAUUUAAAAUGUUUUUAUCUUUUUGUUUUAAUUGAAAUGUUUUUUGUUCUUAAUUUAUUUAAAAAUAUAUUUUGGCUGAUAGAUAAAUGGGACCAAUAUAUAGGGUAAGUUUCAAAACAAAGUUGAAACUAUAGCUAUACAUGUCUUUGCCUCAUUAUGCAUAUUGAAUUAGAAACUUAAUAAAUUAGAACCUUUGACAUUUUCUAAAGAAAUUAGAAGGUUUGACAUUUUCUUAAGUUAAUUUUGCUGUGUGUUUGAUGAUGAAAAAAAAAGGAGUUGUUAAAGUUAACAGAAAUAUUUGUUCAUUAAUUAGUGCCUGAACAGAGUAAUUGUUGUGAAAGUAAUUUCAAUGCACAGAAAUUGUAUUUAAAACAUACUGGUGCUAUUUUGACUUUAAAAUGUAGUAAUCAUGUGUAUUUUGUAUCUACAGGAAAUAACAUUUUAUCUUAGUUAGGAAAAUGAACAAUAGAAUUUACCUUGGUUUUGAAUUUUAGUUGUUAUGUUAUGCUUGCUUAGACUUGUCUAUAUAUUUUUUAUAGAAUAUGCUGUCACAUUUCAAUCUGUCUUGUAUUUGUGUGACAAAAAUUUAAAUUUGAGGUUUAAUUUAAGAUUUGACUGUAUUUUUUGCCAGGGUUUCUGAAUGAAAAAAGCUGGUAAUUAAAUAUUUUUUGUACGUCAGAAACUCUUCUGUUCAUUUCUCAAGAGUUAUCAACCAAACUUUCACAGAUUUGAUCAUUUCUGGCAGAAUUAUGGCCCUUUGCCUUUUCAGCAGAAAGCAUGACAAUUAAU